ACACAAGAUGAUUUUAUCCUUGCUGCUGAUUUUCCUGUCUACAACAUUUGGGCUGUCAAUGUCUGGUAUCAUUCCGGAGGCGGCUCAUAUUAGUCUGAACAGCCCUGGAGAUGUAAUUCUAGGGGCGUCCUUCUCUUUCCAUACUUAUUCUUCACCAAACCUGCCUGCUUGCAGCGGAAACGUUCUGACAUAUGGAAGCGAGUGCGCAGCCCUGGUGCUAUAUACCAUCGACAGCAUCAACAAUCGUACCGACCUCUUGCCAAAUGUCACCAUCGGCUACGACAUCCGCGACAAUUGUUACUCGGAGGCUGUGUCCUUGUGGUCUGCUUUCGGCCUGGCUAGCACGUCUGAGAAACCACAGGAGGAUAUCCAGUUUACAAACAUUCUUGGAACGGCUCACGGCAAGCUCAUUGGUAUUAUCGGGACGCAGUCGAGUUCAACCUCAAUUCCAACUGCACAAGCCGCCAGUCUGUAUCGGGUCCCUGUCAUCUCUCCGUUCGCAACGAGCAACGAACUCAGCAACAAGCGGCGGUUCCCGUAUUUCCUCCGCACCGUCCCCCCAGACAGUCUCCAAGCGUCGGCCAUCGUUGAUAUCCUGCAGCAUUUCGGAUGGAAGUACAUUGGACUGUACUUCCAGCUGAGUGCUUACGGAAUUCACGGUGCGCAGGGAGUUCUAGAUCUCACAGAAGAGCGCGACAUAUGCGUCGCAUUCUCAGUAGCACUCCGCACAGAAGCACAAACAGGCGAACUUGAAGAAGCAGUUGCCAAACUAGCAAUCUUUCGCAAAGCGAGGGUGGUGGUGAUAUUCGGCGACACUGGCAUUGCAAACAGGAUUUUCAGGACAAUCGCAAGCAAGGAAGACAUUGCCUCGCUUAAUAUUACUUUCAUUGGAAGUGACGGAUGGGCAACUCCAGGCUCACUCCUUGAAUACGGAGUUGACCUCGCCCUAAUGCACGGAACCAUUUUCGUCAAUUUAGUCUACAAGGUCGUUCCUGGCUUCCACGAUUAUUACCGUUUCUUAUUACAAAGAAGUGGGAAGGCUUCCAUUCCAUGGUUCGAGGAUUUGAAACGUCACAUCAUUAACAAAUAUGACUGCUCCGAUUUUAACCAGUGUCCGAUGAAAAUCUAUGGAAACGCUCCCUUUAUAGUCGAUGCGGUUUAUGCAUUUGCUUAUGCCCUCCAAAAUUUUUUGACUGAUCGUUGUAACAACAGUGACGACUGCAACGCAACACUUCAAGCCCUCUAUGGUCACGAUCUACUUCCAUAUUUGCACGGGCUGAAAUUUGAGGGAUUGGUAAGCAAUUACAGUUUCGACUCAGAUGGCAACCCUAGCGGCAAAUAUGGCGUAUUUAACUUUCAGUUUAAAGGUAACAAUGACUACGAAAUGGCUGAAUUAGGGACAUGGGAUGCGCUGGCGCACAAUCGCCUCAACAUCAACACAUCUGCUAUUCAAUGGGCUGAUGGAACGCUCGACCCACCAGUCUCAGUUUGUCGAGACAUCUGCUCGUCAGGAUACAUUGAGGUACCUCUGGAGCAAAAAUGCUGCUUUGGUUGCCAACGAUGUCCAGAUGAAGCCAUUGUUAGUGACAAAAAGUGCAAGUCAUGCUCUGUGGAUGAGUGGCCAGACGAGAAUUUCGAAGUCUGUCAACCCAUUGUACCGACCCCGCCCAGCUGGAGCGAGCCCACAGUCAUUGCCGUCUUGAUCCUAUCCGGAUUUGGACUUUUCCUGUCCCUUCUGGCAGCGUUCGGAAUCUAUUACUACCGAGGACACGUGCUGAUCAAAGCCGCCAGUCGUGAACUGAGCAGCAUCAACAUCUUAGGGCUCACGCUGGCCUUCCUCGCUCCCUUCCCACUUCUGGUUCCACCGACUGCUGUCUCGUGCCGUGCAUCAGAGAUCAUUAUCACUUUGUGCUUCACUCUGACGUAUGCCCCGACCCUGCUGAAAGUCAAUCGCAUCUACAGGAUUUUCGACGCUGGGAGGAAGUCCAACAAGUGUCCUCGCUACAUUGGUCCCAAGGUCCAACUCAUCUUUGCUCUAGGUAUUGUUGCAUCGAUGGUUGUAGUCGCCGUGGCCGGUGCCCUAGCAAACCCAACCUUACCAGCUAAACUGUAUUUCUACCCUCGACGUAACUACAUUGAGGUAUUCUGCCAGUUUGGGAACGGUUUCUUGGCAUCCCUCGUUUCCAAUCUCUUCUUGGUUUUGGCCUGCUGUUACUACGCUUUCAAGGCCCGCAAGGUGCCCAGCAACUACAACGAGUCUAGAUUCAUCGCCAUCAGCGUGUACUCUACGCUGGUCUUCGGCAUGGCGGCCGUCCCCGUCUACAUCACGGCCACCACCGUUCUGCAAAAGGUCGCAACGCUGUGCGUGGCCAUACUGCUCAAUGCCUUCUUGGCGCUGUUCUGCGUCUACCUUCCGAAGUUAUACGCAAUCCAGCUAGACCGAGAGGUGGAGGUUAGCGAGUGGAGAGUUUCAAAUACCGGGUUAUCGGGUCAAACGACUUCAACUGCUGCUUCGGCUAGUUGCGGGAGAGCUAAAGUACAACCAGAGUAA